AUGCUAGGACUAGGAAGAUGCCCGCUCUCGUUUUCCACACAGCUCCAGUAUCUCUACGGAAACGCUUUUUCCUACUGCCUCGUCGACCCGAAUGCAGGGAGAAAUGCCACGAGCAAGCUGGUCUUCGGGUCGAGGCAGAACCUCUUGGGACGCCAGCCGAUGAACUUCACCUCAUUUGUGGCUAAAAGGCCGAAUCCCGAUGAGACGUUUUACUAUCUCCAGAUAGAGCCGGUCUCGAUCAUCAAGGAGGCGUUUGCAAAGAAGGUGAGAGGUUAUCCAGUCGUUGAAGAUGAGAGGUUCGGCCUACGUUACGGGGCAUCUGGCAAGGAAGAACUGGACAUGCCCGAGUUCCGGAUCACAUUUGAUGAUGGAGCUGAGUGGAACUUCCCAGCCGAGAAUGUCUUCAUACGAUUCCAGCCCGAAGGGAUUGUGUGCCUAGCAAUAUUGAGGAUCGAUAACGAUCGAUUCUCGAUUAUUGGAAACUACCAGCAAAAGAAUUUUCAUGUGCUGUAUGACGCAGAAGAAUCGAGGCUUGGAUUCACCGCCGAGAUGUGCCGACCUUUGACUUACUGUUUGUCUAUCAAUUCCUUGUAUUUAAUUUUUAGCCCAGAAGUAUUCUUUUAUUAA